CGGCGAGCGACGCGCAGCCCAGUAUGCACCGGCAAGUUGCAGAAGGAGGACGUGAAUAAACUCAUCUAGCAACUGUGAUUGUGAUAUAGCCUACUCCUUGAACUUUAAUUGGUGUAUGCUAAAACGAUUUCAAAAUGCCACCUAAUAACACACAAAUGAGAGAGCGAUUCAUCAUCGCAGAUGAUGAUGACUUCGCGGACGAAUUUCAUAUCCAUGAUUUGGAAGAGAGAGAGUUGAAAUUUAGACCAAAAGAAAUCUACAAAGAUUUGGUAAACUUAGAUUGGUCUCAGGUAGUGUGGAGAAAUGUAAUUUUGUUCACACUACUUCACGUGUAUUUUGUUUACGGAAUAUACUUGGUCCUCUCGGGGCAGACUGCGUGGCAAACCGUUUGCUUCUCGGUCGUCUUGUACUGGUUUGGUGGACUCGGCAUAACCAUGGGAUGCCACAGGCUAUGGGCGCACAAAUCCUACAAAGCCGUCUUUCCUGUGAGGUUUGUACUCAUGAUCAUGCAGACGUUGGCCUUCCAAAACAGCAUCUAUGAAUGGAGUCGUGAUCACAGGGUGCACCACAAGUUUACUGAGACCGAUGCUGAUCCACACAAUGCGAAACGAGGAUUCUUCUUCGCUCACAUGGGAUGGUUGAUGACUCGCAAGCAUCCAGAUGUCGUUCGUGGAGGCAAAACUCUCGACUUUUCUGAUCUUAUGGAAGAUCCUUUAGUUGCAUUCCAGCACAAAUAUUACCUACUCUUGGUUUUGCUUUGCUGCUUUGUAGGUCCGACUCUGAUUCCCGUAUUCCUCUGGAACGAACACUGGUUGACUGCACUUAUGGUGUCUGGAUUCAUGCGAUACACAUUCGUUCUUCACUUCACCUGGACCGUGAACUCACUUGCACACUACGUCGGAACAAAACCAUACGACAAAACCAUGUAUGCUACAGAAAAUCCUCUUGUGGCUUACUUGGCAAUGGGCGAAGGAUGGCACAACUAUCACCAUGUCUUCCCCUACGACUAUCGUGCGUCUGAAUUCGGCGGUGCGUCUACUUCAAACCUGACUACCGGAGUCAUCGAAUUCCUGAGUAGAUUCGGUUUCACGUAUGAUUUGAAAGCAGCGAGUGAUAGUCUUAUUCAAAAGCGGGUGCUUAGAACUGGUGAUGCGACGAAGAGGCGUGUAAUGAAAAAUAAAUAAUUUCGUUCAAAUAUGGCUAGCUUUUAUGACAUUCGAAGAUGCUGGAUCGGGGAAACUGUACAGGUGAAACACAUGAUGAAGCAUUUAUCAAUUGGCACCUCCUCUCUAAUUCAUAUGAUUGAAUGUGUUUGGCGAUAAUUUUAUCUAUCGUGUCGCUGUAUUCUGAAUUUGUUCCAUCUAAAAUUUAAAUCGUGCAAAAUUUUACUGCUCUAUUCGUACCUAAAUGGUCUCAGUAAUUUAUCAUUUACUUGUUAUUGAUAAGUACAGGUGAUGGCGCCUCGUUCGAUUUUUCUUUUUACUUUUUUAGAAUAAUUAAUUCGGGUUAGACGUUGGUGGCAGACCUACCGUGAUAACGAAUACCUAUACAAGAUAAAUAAAUCUAAAUUCUAUUCGGAAAUGUAAAUAUUCUACUAUAAGAGCCAUUGGUCCUCGUUGAGACUCCUUUAUUGCUAUUAUUAAUUACACUAAGCGGCUGUCGCUGUGUUGUUAUGUACAAUCUCAUCUCUGGGUCACAUUUCCGUUGCACUGUCAAAACCUAUACUUUUACUCUAUAUUCUCUUCAAAAUCACGGAUUUGUAAAUUGAUUUUACAUAGAAUGCAUUACAGUUUAUUACUAUUAGUAGGAUUAUAUUACUAUUAGUCGGAUGUUUAACCUUAUGAUCUAUAUUUUGUUUACUAGGUAUGACUGGUGGUGGUAUACAUAUGGUCUUAUCACAAGACCCUGCCUGACUCAGUUGACUGAGCUACGUCCUUUAAAUAUUGUUCAUUUUAAGUUGAAUACAGCUAUAACAUCGCUUUUUACAAAUUUUCACGUUGUUUUGUUCUUCGCGAGACAAAUAUGCACCUAUUUGUAAAUUCGUUCAUUGUUUUAUAAUCAGAUUUAUUAAUGAAAUAUCCAUGCGUAUUUAGCUCCAGAAGAGCGGCACAAACUCGUUGGUUGAUAUGUAAGAACAAAUUUAUUCUAAAAUUACCGUACUUUUUUCCUUUCUCUUUUAAGUAAAAGCUUCGUCCAACAUCUGUUGCUAUACUCACAUUUCAAGUCAUGCUAAUCCGAGCCUCGAGUGCAACGCUCGGUGAUAUGGACGAACAACCUCUUAAUGUGGAACCAUAAAUGGCAAUGCCAUUCAAACUCAUUUCAUUAUUUCUAAUUGUGCAAUUCGUUUCUGUGCAAUCGUAGAAAGUGCUCGUCUUGCCUAUUUGUGAAGAUGACAUGCAAAUCCUGACGUGCUGAACGUAGUGAUGAGAGAAAGGGCUUCUGACUGAGCAGCGUCACAUGGCGCCCUAGUUAAUGAUCGUAUAGGAUUUCCGACUUUACUUUGCUAAUUUUAUGUCAUUUUUGCUAUUAUUCAUAGAUUUAUACGUUGAGUUAAAGCGUCAUAUGUUAAUAAAAUUAUUUUUCGUACUCACACGUUUUGUGAAGGGUAAUUUUUAUUCGUUGUAGUAGCAUUUCCAUCUUUCUGUGAUUUGUUAAAAUUGUAAAAUUUAAAUUAAUGCAAGAAAA